CCGGUCUUUUGCCAAGCUGUGUUAAACUGAGCCGCUCGUGGGCAUUAUGCGUAGGUCACGCUCGUCCUCGAUACGCCUGCGCUUUUAGGCUCCCAGACCGGAGUCCAAAGGACACACAUUGCAGCUUGACCCCGAGCUCCACCGCGAUGGAGCAAGUUUACUGGGUCAUCUUUGGCGCGCUUGCCUUCAUUGUGGCGGGCCUGGUGCUGACGCAGGCAAAGGAGGGCGGCCUAGUGAGCGGUGCCGGCAGCCAGCUUCAGGCGUUCUUUGCGCUGCGCAACAACUAUGUCUUCGUCUACGCGCUGAUGAUGGCCGGGGACUGGCUUCAGGGCCCCUACGUGUAUGCGCUGUACCAGCACUACGGCUAUGACGUCAAGGACAUCGGCCGCCUGUUCAUCGCGGGCUUCGGCUCCUCCAUGAUCUUCGGCACCGUGGUCGGGUCCCUGGCCGACAAGCACGGCCGCAAGAAGGCUGCGCUGCUGUACGUGGUGCUGUAUGCCGCCUCCUGCGCCACCAAGCACUCGCCCGACUACGGCGUGCUCAUGAUCGGCCGCCUGCUGGGCGGCAUUGCCACCAGUCUGCUGUUCAGCGCCUUCGAGAGCUGGCUGGUGGCGGAGCACUUUAGCCGCGGCUUCGAUGAGAAGUGGCUGGGGGACACCUUCUCCAAGGCGGUGUUUGUGGGCAACGGCCUGAUGGCCAUCCUGGCCGGCCUGGUGGCCAGCUACCUGGUGGACAGCCUCAAGAUGGGGCCCGUGGCGCCCUUCGACGCCGCCAUUGUGGUGCUGCUGGCGGGCGGCGUCGUCAUCUACGCCUCGUGGCCCGAGAACUACGGCGACCACGCGCACGCCGCCGAGGGCGUGGUGGACGUGCUGCGCCGUCAGUUCGCGGUGGCGGCCGGCGCCAUCAUCGGGGACCAGCGUAUCGCGCUGCUGGGCGCCAUGCAGUCGCUGUUCGAGGCGUCCAUGUACACCUUCGUGUUCCUGUGGACCCCGGCGCUGGCACCCGCCGGCGAGCGCAUCUACCACGGCAUGAUCUUCGCCUGCUUCAUGACGGCCUCUAUGGCGGGAUCCUCGCUGUCCGGCAUCCUUAUGAAGCGCUACAAGGUUGAGUCGUACAUGAAGUACGUGUUUGGGCUGUCGGCCCUGACGCUGGCAGUGCCCUUCCUGUUCCACGUCAGCAUCGCCGAGCAGACCUCCUCGGACUCGCAUCGGCGCAGCUUGCAGGCCGCAGAGCUGGCCGCUGGCAAGGAGGUCGUCCACGGCAUCAGCCUGCAGGGACAGAUGCAGCUGGUGGCCUUCUGCGUGUUCGAGGUGCUGGUGGGCGUGUUCUGGCCGUCCAUGAUGACCCUGCGCGCCCGCUUCAUCCCCGAGGAGACCCGCUCCACCAUCAUCAACGUCUUCCGCAUCCCGCUCAACUUCUUCGUGUGCGUGGUGCUGUACAACGUGCACCUGUUCCCGCUGUCCUCCAUGUUCGCGCUGUGCGCCACAUUCCUGGCCAUCGCCUGCGUGCUGCAGGUCCGCCUGGAGCGGCUGAUCCAAGUGCGGCCAGAGCCGGCACCAGGGGUGCCUUCAGCGGCGGCGCUGGGUGCGGAGCCUGGCAAGAUUCGCCUGGAGCGCCUCAUUCGCGCCGGGCCGCCCGCCGGCGCCGCGCCCGUCAAGGCCACGCCGGCGGAGGAGGACCACCCCCUGCUGGCCGGCACCGCCGAGAAGGCCUGACGGGGCGCAGGGCAUGCAGCACAACAACAUCAGCACCAGCAGCAGGGUAGGGAGCCGCCGAGCCCAGGAACAGGCGGGGGCCGGGGGCGGCGGCGGCGGCGCAGCAGUGGCGCCGCUGCAGCUGCAGCCGGGCUAGUGGAGGCUCUUGACGUCGGCCCUGUGGGGCUCGGCGGCGGCACUGGCACUGGCGGCUCACCUGCAGUUGGUGCGACAUGUAAUUCGCCGGUAGGGGUAGCGGUGGCGGGCCAGGGGCUCGGGGGUAGGCAGCCCCAUCACCGUCCUCAUCACGUGCUGCUGCCCGGAGAGAUCUUGGGGGACGGAGGCGGGGCGGGGGGUCCAGUGGGCGGGGCGAACAACGCCGCCGAUGAGCCGACGACCGCGGCGAUGGUGGUGUUCCCGCGGCGGCGGCGGGGUGGCGCAGCGGCGGCGGCGGCGGAGCCGUCAUCACCUCGGCAUGUGGCUGGGGCAGGUGCUGCUGGGGAAGCAGCGGUAGCGGCCGGGCCGGCUGGGAGGGGACGCGGUGGUGUGGCUGCGGCGGCUGAUGUGCGCCGCAGCCCUAGGCUGGCUGGCCGACCGGCGUUGCGUUGAUGCCGGCAUUGCGUAGGGCUAAUUUGCAUCUGUAGCGAUGGUGGGUGUGGGAUAAUUUGCAUCUGUAGCUGUUUGUGUGUGAGUUGGUAAUGUCAUUAGUUGCUGAGUUGUUGACACUGCGUUGGUGCUCUCUCGGACAAGAUUGCUUCGCAGUUGCCAUGGAAAUGACCGGGGACGUGUUUGUUGCUAUUUUAUGCAUAUACCGGUAGGGGCUGCAUACUGAUCAACGUGCUGGGUGCUUCAUUGCGCUCAGCCAAUCGAGCCGUCGAGCAGGUUUGACCUUGUGACGUGAGGGCCGCCUCACCCCGGUUAGCGCACAUGCUCGAGUGCUAUGCCACAGUAGGGUGACUUACAUGAAUGGCCUCAAAGGAGCUCCUUCGAUCCACCGAUCAAUCCUUCAUUCCGCUUGCAAGAAGGCGCACACUGUGGCGUUUGCAACAUGCCUAUGCUGGGCGACUGGCGGCAGCAGAACCAGUACAGGAAGCUCUGCAGGCAUUGCUGAGAACAGCUACUUGGUUUGUUGCACUGGAGCCAUCACCGACAGCACGAGGGGAUGCAGCAAGGCCGAGCGGUUGUAACAGGGCGACACG